AACUUAGCAGAGGUGUGUGGCUUCUCCUCCACCUUGUGUGUCACCAUCCUACAGAUAAAGCAGCAUUUAAUUUGGGCUUGGUACACUUAUCCUUGUGGUGUCCAGGAUCCUCACAGUUAUAGCAGAUAACUGCAGAGUAUGACAUCAAACCAGGACAAGGUAGAGGAUUUUUCUGGAUCACUUCUUGUUUCUUCUUCUGUUGAUUUUUCGAUUGGUUUUUGUGGGCUUGCGUUCCUAGACAUCAUUUAGAGCUAGAAGACUAGAACACUUGAUAGAGGAGAACGAAGCUGCUUGGUUGAUCGGACAGAAUGGCAGAGAUGGCGAUGAUGGCGACUCAAUCCGUGGUGCUUCGACUUGUGGUCGUCUUGAAGGAUGCACUCCAGCUGCAAGGUGCUCGAGGACUCAACCUUGAACGGUCAACGAGCGGAGACACGCCCUUGCAACAGGUGCCGGAGCUGCGACUUAACAUCUGCAUGGUAUCCGAGAUGUUCGUGCAGAUCCUUACCACGGGGCUCGGCGCCCUUGUCUUAGUCUGGGGGACCGUCGUCCUGCUCGGCGGUUUCUCCGAUUCUCUACAGAAGGUUGAUUUCUGGGUCAUCACCGCUAUCGUCUUCAUCCAAACAGCCAGGAUCGUGGGCAUAAAUGUAAGCCCGGAGGCAGAAUUUUUCAACCAAGUUCCACCAGCAUUCCUCGAAUUGGGCGCCGAGCACUACACGGAAUGGGGCCGAAGAAGGCCGCUGACUGGCCGAGCAAUUGGCUCUAAAUUCAUUUACUAUGCCAUGCUGCUACUUGGAAAUGCAAGUGAAUUCAUAAGCAUUAUGGCCUUCUUAGCAAUAUUGGUCGUUGCAGUUAAGAUCAUCGCAGGGUUAGGCUGCAUAUCGCUUUCCAUCUAUCGCCUCGUCGCCCUCCUUUCGGGACAUCAUGACGAUUCCAAUGUGUUUCGUGCACUCAUCUUGUUCUAUGCUCUCGUGCUUCUCCAAGGUGGAUUGUUCAUCUUGUGGUUGUGUCUCAAGUUGUAUCGUUCUUAUCUUGCAAACCACGUGAGCUGCAAGUACGGACUUGAGGACAACAGAGAAUUGAUUGACAAAUAUAUGGACAAAACCUUGAGCACGGCCAUAAAGAAUGGGGUGUCAAGUACCAUCAACAGGAACCUGGCUUCCUUCGCAUCAGACUUGAUUAAAUCUGACUACAGUCAGGAUCACACUGAUGCAGUUUUGGUGAUGCAUACAUUGACAUCCCAAGAGGAGCAUAGAACAAGAACUCUAUCCCAGAUACAAUCCUCGCCGCUCUGUGUUUCCAGGCUGCUUGACAUGGUUACCUCAAAGAGCCGCACUGAUCAGAGGACAAAAAUAUGCAUCGCAGAAAUUGUGGCACAUCUUGCUAGCAACCUGCGCCUGGCUGACAUAUCAGGAGCAACAGAGUCCAUAUCUUCCAUGAUUAAUCCCUACUUCACGAAAAUAUCAGCCCCAGCUACCAAUGUCAACAUUGACCAUCAGACAGCUAUUGAUAUCACAACUGACCCGCAGGGGCUUGUUCAGUUAGCCAGCGGUACCAGUGGAGCUGAAAGCAAACCUCUAAUUAUCCAUGGCCUGUUGAUUCUUGCCAAGCUUGCAGUUAACCCGGACAACUGCAAACACAUAUAUGAUUACAAGGGUCUCCUCUCCAAGAUAAUAUCUCCAGUCAAAAAUAAAGUGUAUGACAUGCCCAGAGAUGAUGGUAUCACCAUGGAAAUAACUGAGAAGGCACUGGAAGUGGUGAGCAUGCUUGUCAGUGGCACAGAUGAAACCAAUGAAAAGAUACGCCGAGAGAUUUGUAGCAAUGGGAUAGCAGUGAAUGAUAUCCGCUCAAUCUUGGAAAAGGGCCACAUGUACAACAAGCUAAAGGUUCCAGCAACAAAGAUCCUUACGGAGCUAUCUUUGGAUACGUUCACUCAACCUACCCUUGGACUUGAUGGCGUAGCGAUAUUCAUUAACUACUUGAUGGGUAUCUUAUUUGCUGCUGCAAAUGUGAGUGAAGAACUCAAGAAUACCGCAGGGGAAGCAUUGGCAGUACUGGCAAUGGACAAUGCCAAUUGUAUGAGGAUCAUGGAUUUCAGCAGAGAGACAAUUCAGUUGCUCACAGAUAUGAUUCCUACGGAAAACGCCAGAUUAUAUCAAACUGCCAUAGCACAACUGCUGAUGCAACUUUGUGCAAAUUCAAAUCCUGCAGAAAGGGAGGAGCGUCUCGCGUCAGUCAAAACAAAUCUACAUGAGGUGCUCAAAGUUAUAUGCAAUGUUGAACAAGCAGAAAAUGCAAAUCAGGUGGGUUCUCCACAGCACAACUUAGGCCAGCAACAAGCAGCAAACGUAAAUCAGGCAGGUUCUCCCGGGCAUAACUCGGUCCAGCAACAAGCAGCAAAUGCAAAUCAGGUGGGUUCUCCACAGCACAAUUCAGGCCAGCAACAAGCAGCAAACACACAUCAGGCGGGUUCUCCCCAGCAUAACCCGGGCCAGCAACAAUCAACAGACACAAAUCAGGUGGGUUCUCCACAGCACAACCUUGGGCAGCAACAAGCAGCAAACGCAAAUCAGGCGGGUUCUCCACAGCACAACCGGGGCCCGCCCUCAUUUUCUCGGGCACUUUAUCGCUUGAACAGUUUUCUCGGGGCGCACCACUCUCACGCUGCUAACAGAAACAAUCCCAGUGACAAUUUGCCGGUCGUUUCUCAGCUCGAACGUGCUAAAAGAAAAUCCAUGGCAGCCUUCUUAGGCCUUACAUUGCAGAUAUGUGACAAACUGGAGAUCAGCUCUGAUGAUUUUGAUAAUGCACUUGCGCUCAUUCCUCUUUCCAUGGAUGGCUUUGUGGAUAGACUGAAUCAUAUAAUAGAACAGUGCAAGGGCCACUCUUUUGAUAGCUUGGAAGGGAAGGGUCCCUCAGUUGAGUACCUGAUAAUAAUCAAGACAGUGACAAAGUUAUGUACAUGGAUGAUGCAACGCAAGCCAGACUGCAUUACAGUAUUCCAGAACAGGAACACUAGCACAAAACUGCAGGGUGCUUUGGAGGAUAUGAGAGACCUGGAACUAGGUAUACUCCUUACCGGCAGUGCACGGGACAUGGCUAAUUACCAAACCCUUUCAACCAUCGUUGGUGUUGCACGGCAGAUGAUGAAUGCUAAUGUGCAAGUUUAAAUAGGAAGUGGCGGAUAAGUAUUAGUACAAGUUUGCAGUUUUUUUUCGGGUGUCUAUUUUUUAGAGAAUUGUUUUGCGCCAUGUGUCUCCGCACGUGUCAAGAAUCAACAUAGCUACUUCAUUUUAUAUCUUUCCGAUUUCAAAUGUGCUUGAUUUUCCGUAGAAUGAUUCUGCUUGCCUUUUGCUAGGUUUGUCAAAUACAUUGUAAACAGCCUUUAUAUGGCCGUUAUUUGCAUUGUGGCACCGAACUUGUAAAA